AUGAACUGCUCGACUGAUGCUUCUGCGACUGAAUUGACGCGUCCCCCGCGCUGUGCGGAAGAAGCGAGGGGGGAGUGAGAAGAGAGGAGAAUCCCGACAGACGCGUCGAGCUCGAGCAACGAACCCACGCAACAGCAUCAACACUAUCAGCACUUUCGACCCAAGACAUCAUCGACUGCGGUCCUGUAUGCUUUAUACAUACACGCUGGUUGGCCUCGAGUGCCAUACACAUAGCAGUUAUGUCGCACGUCGACCAUAUUCACAGCCUGGCGCUGGCUGUCGUGCCUGCGGCUCGUAAGCGUCGCGACGAGACCGAGAGCGAAAGGAGAGCGCGCAAGGCGUUGGCGCGCGACCUGGAGGAGACAGCAUGGGACAUUGUAGAGAGUGAGGUAAAUCAGCGACUUGCACGGAGUGAAAUACAGAUCGCCGAGUCAAUUAAACAACGACUAUUAAAAUACGCUGUUGAUGGAGGCGUAGGGUCCAGCAUUCGAUACAGCAAUCUCGUCUCACGGCUCAAGUCUCAUCCGGAGCAACCCAGGAAUCUCGUGUCUGUCUUGGAUAUGCUUGAUCAGCUGAGUUUCGAUGGACGUCCUCUCAAGAGCUCGGAUGCCCACAUCCGUAUGCCAUCACUGCGGUCGGCUGUACCUAAUCCCCAGCGUGACGUUGCGACGCCAAGGACGCCCCGGCCUGCUACCGAGCCAACCGAAUCAGCGCCGCAAUCUCGCCGUGGAAUGCCGCUAGCAGAGCGCGUCAGGGAACGGAGGCUGCGCGCCGGCCAGCCGCAAGUGCCAGAAGAGGAGCUGCUGCGCGACGUGAUCUACCUGCUACAGGGCAUCGAUGGAAAAUGGGUCAAGUUCAAGGAAAUGUUUGUGAUGCCCAACGAUGCAGCUGGGGCCAAUGUGAUUGUCACAGAGGGAGGUGCGGCAAGGAAGGACCAGCCCGAAAAGGUCAUCAAGGUCAUCUUCCCUCAGAAUAGCGGACCAAUCAUCCCACGUUCAACCCGGCGGUUGAUCCUGCAGAUCACCGAGCUCGGACGCCUUUACCGACGCAUCUCGCAAUUCACCGAUGAGGAGAGCAGCGAGCGUGAAUCUGGACUGGCAACGCAGAGUCUAUGUCACUUCAUUUCCCGCGAAAUGACCGACUACUAUCGCCUGAUUGCCAUUUUGGAAACACAGUUGAACGACUCGGCUGACUCUGAGCGGUCCGAUCAGGCAAGCUCGUCCGCGAAUCGCGAUGCAAACUCCCAUUUGACGCUGAAACGCGUGGCGGUCUGGACGCACGAUGUUUUACUGCGCAUGCGGCUACUCAGUACCAUCAUCGAGCAAUGCCAAGGCGCAAAGGGUGGCGCACUAGCUUCGCUCAUUCACACAUACACCUUCAAUGGCGACCCACUGAUCAAGAGUAUGACAGCUGACCUUCUUGAAGAAGUGUCACGUCCUUUCUUUGACACGCUGUCCAACUGGAUCUUUAAAGGAGAGCUGCAAGACCCGUUCAACGAAUUCUUCGUUCAGAGCAACAGAGAGUUUGCUGGCGCAAGGAACAGCGAAACACUGUCCAUGGUGCACGAGAGUCUCCGUGACGAUGAUGCCGCCUCCUUCUGGCAACAUCAAUUCAUCUUCCGGGCGGACAUGCUACCUUCCUUCCUGAGCCCAGAGUUUGGGAGGAAAAUCUUCUCCACAGGCAAGAGCUUGAACUUUAUCCGAUACGCCUGCGGUGCCGACGAGUGGGUCAGCACGCAGGCUGAGGCGACUCUCCUUCGCUACUCAGACAUCGAAGGCUUGCAGCGGACGGUAGAUAGCGCACACAAGGCUGUGAGCAAGCACUUGGUCGAGAUCUUCUUGACCAAGCUCAAGCUGUUGGACCACUUGCAAGCGUUGCAAGACUACCUCAUGCUGGGCAAAGGCGACUUUGUGGACCUGCUCAAAAGCCAACUGGAAGAGUACCUCAACCGCCCAUCAAAUAGCCUGCACCGCCACAACCUGACCAUUGCGCUGGAGACCGCGAUCAGGGGCUCGAAUGCACAGCACGACGAUCCAGAGGUCAUCAAGCGACUGGAUGCGCGACUACUCGAAGACUCUGCGGGCGAUACGGGCUGGGAUGUGUUUACGCUCGAGUACAAAGUCGACUCGCCGGUCAAUACCAUCCUCGACGGGCCAGCAAUGCAGGCAUACCAGAUGAUUUUUGGGCAUCUGUGGCGCAUCAAGCGCGCCGAAGUUGCGCUCGCUGAGACCUGGGCGAGAACCACUUCUUGUAGAUUUGAGCUGCAGAAGACCAUGAAACAGAACCCGCAAAGCAAGGCCAUUCUGCGCACUCUCAACAAGGCGCUUCUGAUGUUGGGAGAGAUGAACCACAUGGUCAGGCAGAUCCAAGGAUUCUGUCAGCUGGAAUGCGCCGCCUAUUCUUGGCAAGACCUGACCAUCUCGCUCAAGGGAGAGCUAGACCUGGAUGAGCUUUGCACAAGGGCAGCAAGAUCCGAGUAGCGCAGAGCAUGCGCACGAGCGCAUCGCUGAGAAGCUUACGGAGCAAUCGGUCAG